UAUCGCGAGACUGUGCUAUUAUCAACCUGCUUGACACAGCGCUGAGUGCAGCUUGCCUGCUGCCAGCCAGGGUCGAACUGAAGCCCAAGAAACGACGGGAGAAGCGAACAUCUGGCCUCACAUCAUGAAAAGACAUCGGGACAUAUAGGCGAAAAAAAACAAGUAUCGGAGAAAUAAUACAUGUUAUGAAGGUAGAAUGGAGUUCCCACACCAUAGCCGCCAGUUGCUGCAGUGUCUGAGUCAGCAGCGUCACCAAGGUUUCCUCUGUGACUGCACUGUUCUCGUCGGGGAGGCUCGAUUCAAAGCGCACAGGGCCGUGCUGGCCUCAUGCAGCAUGUACUUCCACCUCUUCUACAGGGACCAGCUAGACAAAAGGGACGUUGUGCAUCUGAACAGUGACAUUGUGACAGCGCCGGCUUUCAGCCUGCUCCUUGAAUUUAUGUAUGAGGGGAAGCUGGAAUUCAGCACUCUGCCCGUGGAGGACGUGUUGGCCGCCGCCAGCUACCUCCACAUGUACGACAUCGUCAAAGUGUGCAAGGGCAAGCUGAAAGAUAAAGAAGUGUCCCCGCUGGAUGAGAGGACGGCCGAGGGCCCCGGCCUGCGCCUGGCGCUGGGCGGCGCGGGGGACAGGGAGAGCUCCUCGGACGGGGAGCAGGCCGGCAAGCAGCUUGUCCGGCGACAGCCCCCCGCGCCGGCCCCCGGCCAUCACAGGCCUCCCCCCGCCGAGGACUCUGACACGGACAGCAAAGUGGGGCUGGCUGUCACCCUGUGUGAUCGCCCUGUGCAGAGCAGGCAGAAGGCCAACGGUCAGUCCGGCCGGUCCCCGGACCUUGUAGGUGUCAAUUAUGUGUCGGCAGAGGCCGAGGCCUGUGUCCAAACAGCUGGAAAAACAAAAGCUGAUGUCAGUAGCCGCGCCGUAUCCCUGUCCCAGAGGUCCCUGGCUUCGGAUGACAUGGACUGCGCGCUGGAUUUGUCUUUCAAGCCACCGUCUAGCAGGGAUCCCUUCCACCCCUCCUACGUCGCGGGACAGCUGGCCCUCGACAGCCAGCAGCAGGGCACUGAGCCACUUGUUAAAGACGAACACGACUUGCUGUCAGAGCAGGAGGACAGUGAGCCGAUGAGCCCGGAGAGCCAGCGCUUUGGGAAUAGUGCCAGGAGCUCGGUGGUGACAGGGUUCGCUGCCCUCUUCCCGGGCAACAACGGCUCCACAGCCGCCCUGCUCUCCCGGGGGGAGGACCUGAUGAUGGGGGGGGAGGAGGAGGAGGAGGACGAGGAGGAGGAGGGGGGGAGACGGGGGCGCCGCCGCCCCCCCGGCCACCACCACCCCCAACACCACCACCACCGCGGGGGCAGGGAGGGCGCCCCCGGCCGGGAGGGGGAGGGGAGGGGGAGGGGCGCGCUGCUGGCAGGGGACAGUGAGGAGGAGGACGAGGACGAGGACCUGGCCUCCUCGGACAUCUCCACGUCCAGCGGCGUGCUGCUGCUGCCCCCGGCGGCGGCGGUGGCGGCGGCGGCGGCGGCGGCCGGCCAGCAGGUCUGCGUGUGCCCUCUGUGCAGCAAGGUGUUCGCCAGCCCCCACGUGCUGCAGCUGCACCUCAGCUCGCACUUCCGCGAGAAGGACGGCACGCGGGCCAAGCUGUCGCCCGACGGCUCGGUGCCCACCUGCUCGCAGUGCGGCAAGACCUUCUCCUGCAUGUACACGCUGAAGCGCCACGAGCGCACACACUCGGGCGAGAAGCCGUACACGUGCGGCCAGUGCGGCAAGAGCUUCCAGUACUCUCACAACCUGAGCCGCCACGCGGUGGUGCACACGCGGGAGAAGCCGCACGCGUGCAAGUGGUGCGAGCGGCGCUUCACGCAGUCGGGGGACCUCUACCGCCACAUCAGGAAGUUCCACUGCGUCCUCACCAAGACCCUAUCGACUAUCGGAUAAAAACUAAACAAACUCACAGACAGAGAAACACUCUUCACUGGUGCCAUGGCAGGAGAGACACACCAGGAUGUGUCUCUUCUUGCACUGCUUACUACUACUACUACUACUACUAUUACUACUACGACUACUACUACUGAUUUAUGUUUUAUUUGUUUUCUUUCUUUCGUGUGAACACACUGGGAAUUUGCUGGAGUCGAUGUGUGCGUUUUUGGAAUUCUACCCCUCAUCCGCCCACGAGGCGUUUCUCAAGCUAAAAGAGUUGUAACAAAUUUCAAACUGGAGCUAAUAUAAUAUAUUCUGGUAGCGAGCCAUGUUAUAGGCAUGCAUGAUGUCCGGAGACAGGGCAGGUUGGAGACUAACCUCCCCAUUAUGUGUGCGCUGCUGAGGGAAGUCUAUCUGGAUCAUUUUGGGAGGGUGAACAAACAGGAUGAUGCACUUGUUUUCUCCGUGUCUUAUGAGUGUCAAUCUGUUGCGUUUUUAGGCGGUGCUACGGAGAGAAAAAGGCCUUUUGCGUGCGUCUGCUGAGCGGAGGAACAAUAGUCCAUGCUGAAGUGAUGUUAGAGCAAUCAUUUGAGAGAACGAUGAGCGUUUCAACGUACACACAGAGGAGCAGUACUGUAAAUCAGUGGCAAUAUCUUCUUUUCUUUUGCCUCCUACUUUAUUAUUUAUUUAUAGUAUAAUACUUGUCUAAAUUAUCACGAGGCAACGUAAAUAGAUGAGGUUUGAUUAUCAAGAGGAAGUGUUGAUUAUUUUAUUUUUUUCAUAGAGGCAGUGCAUUGCUUCUCAGUUGACAUGAAGGUUUUUUAAUGAAAAAAAACACACCACCAUACUUGAAUACUUCAGUCUGGAUCAUUAAUAUACAAAUAUGUAUGUUUUGUCUUUACCAGAUUUAUGUUGUUGUGUCACGUAAACACACAUUGAAGGAAGCUCGCCUUUCAGAGAUGAGCAUGUAGAUAAUGGAUUAACGCAGUUUAAGCUGCAAUAUUGGUGCCUCCUGAAACUUUUUCUUUACCCAGUGUACUAAAAAUAAACCCACAUCAAUUGGACCUACAUGUUUGAUUUGAAAAUGCUAACGUAUCUUAAUGCCAGGAGGUAAUGUUGGUAGUUGGCAGUAAUCUCUCUUGUUACCUGGUAUUAACAGCGUGUUAAAUGGUGCACACGCUAAUGGACAGUGUGAAGGACACACUGGGAAGAGGCGCGAGUGUGAAUGUCGACAUACGAUUCUUGUUUUAAUAAUGGAUUGGUUACCAUCUUUGUAACCAGCCUCUGCUCUAUUGCCUACUGCUGGAUCUACUAACUUGUUCGUACUUUCUUUAUUUUUUUUACAUGCACAUGAUAUCAUGUCCCCUUCCUGUCUGCGUCUAAGAUACUACUGAUAAUAUUCAAGCUCUCACUUUGGGAAGAAUUUACCUUGAACUUUUGGAAGAAGACUGUGCAGUUUUGUUUAGUUAAACAUCUUUUUUGUUUUGACUGUUAGGGGUUCACUUAGAUUCUAUAUAUUACUUCUUGCCUGCAAGUAGCACUAAACGUUGAUGAUAUUCAUUUCAUCCUACCUGAGAAGACUUGAUGAUAAUUAUUUAUUAGUUGGACUUGGUUCAGGGUUUAUUAAACGUAUAAUCUGAUUUCUAUAAGCUUGAAAGACAUUUCUUGGUACUUCUAUUGAAUUUGUGGGCUGUCCGACCUUCCAUUGAGCAAAUAGUGACUAAUAGUUUUAUUUUAUUUCCAUCCACCACACGUAAAACUUAAGUAUUGAAAUUGUGUCACACUGAUCUUAGAGAGGCACUUGUUUUUAGCAUCCAUGUAGUUUCAACACUAUUGUCUAGGCUGCUAUUUCUUACUCUUUGUAUAUUUAAUGUAAAUAUAUAGAAAUAUUUAUCAAACUUUGAUUGUGUGUUCCAUGUUGGCCUGCUGGGGCGGAGGAAGCCAGGGGUCGUACUGUGGCUGCUGUCACUCCUUGGCUUCCAAGUUGUGUCUUCCCCGGAGGGUUUUGACCUUUUCCUUUUAUCUCCCCCCCGUACUCCGGUCUCCGUACCAGAGGCGUUUGUGCCCUCGCUGUUUUAACCCGAGAAAACGUUUGUUUUCACAAGCACUGGCACAACGGAUACAGAGUAAGACUACCAAUAGAAGUAAGACAAUAUCGCCAUUGUCCCCCCCCCCCUAUAUCCCAGGUAGUUCUCAAGGAAACAUUGUGGGCCUCUGUUCCUGCUAAGGGGUGGCGGUGGUGGAGGGAGACAGCCCGCCAGGGCUCUCUUUGCACUUUUCUGUAUUAAAUGGAGCCUUUGGAAUGCGAGGAAGGCAUUCAGCAGAGGCAGAGUGAGGGGAGACUGUAAACAGGUGCAUUGUGGGGCUGCAUCAAGGAGGCGCUGGCUGUCCCAGCAUGCAGUAGAUAAGUGCUCCAUUGUUCUUGCAUGUAGGGGAUGAUACCAUGGCAACUUGAUUGCACAUCUAUCAGGAGAAUUAUCUUAAUUGUCCUUGGUAUUGCUUUUCGAGUCGUCCUCAUAUGGCAAACAUGACCCAUAAGAAACUGCGAUGGCUUAAGGAAGUUAACGACCUUGUCAACAUUGGUCUAGCCCUACACGACUUGGGUUUUAGGGUUUUCUAUGUUUAUUAAUAAAAACUUUGUGGUCUUCUGUUAGAAGUUCAAGUCAAUGCAGGAGUUAAACUCUUGGAAGAUUAAAUGCAAUUUAUUCACUCCGUUCCAUAAUCGGUAAUCUGUAAUGGCAACUCAUGGAAUGGUUUGGUUGUGAUUUUUUUUGGGGGGUUGAUUUGGAUUACUGUCUUUAGUUUUUUUACUUUAAAAGCAUGACUUUGAUUGGUCAACUAUAGGCUUCUUAAAAUCCGAACAUGGUGCAGUUUAACUCUGAUGUACACGUGUACAAAUGUAGAAAGUAAACUAACAAUGUAUAAAGACAUGUUUUGUGUUUAUUUUGUUUUUCAGUCCUUUCAUUUGUAACUCCAGGAAGAUCACAGAAUGUGCCUUGUAGACACACUGCAGUGUGUUGUAUCUGGAGAGGAGUCCCCCUUUAUACACUGUACUGUCUACCCUAGACUCCGGUCAAAAUGUUAAUUUCACUUGUUCGUUUCAAACUGUCUAUAUAAAUAUAUAUAUAGAUGUAUCAAAAAAAAAUGAAGUCUUUUUUUAAAUUAUUUCUUCUGGCUGCUUUUGGAGAUUAGAAUGAGAUAUUGAGUUUACCACUGUGUCAAUAAAUAUGUUCUUGGCGUGUAAACACUGGGGACAUGCACUCUGUAAGGCUUAUAUUAGCCACGAUUGUUAGGAGCUAACAAAAGUCUUGUUUAUUUUAUUUGAUGCAUUUGUUGAAUGUGAAACACCGAACUCUCCCAAUUUGUACAAAAACACACAGCAUUUCUCUGAACUGGGGCUGUUUUUUAUUAUUUUGUGCUUAACUCCUGCUGUAUGUUUGGUAGACUUUCACUGAUACUGGAAUGUUUCUCUUUUUACAGGUUCCAACUGUGAAAUUGUGUAUAAUCAUGAGAAAUAUUUAUGACCGCAUUGCCAUCUUGUGCAACCUUUGACUCAAAACAGAGCAUCUACAUGUCAAUGAACGUCUUUUUAAUUACAUUUGUAGAAGUGCCAUUAGAAGUUAAUAUAAUUUUUUUUUAAUAAGAAAAGUAUAUUUUAUAGUAAUCAAAAGCUUGAUUAUUAGUGGUCUAGAGAUUAGAGGACAAUCUUAAGAAGAAUUGACAUUGCUUAGUUUUCGAGGCAAUUUACUUCGAUCUGUAAUAUGUAUCUGCUGUUUUUCUUUUGUUUGCGCUUUUCAAGUGUGCUUGUGUGUCUGCUGUGAAAAUGUGACAAUCUUGAUUUAGUUCUUUAUUACAAUAUGCAUAGAUUAAAUGAAAAGACUUUCUCUGA